GGUCGUCUGUGCAACUGGACCCCCAAUCAGGAUGGCCCACCGGCGGACGAGUACCCGUCGUUUGGAGCUUAUCAGCGCAGUCUAACGCUAAAGUGUGACAGUGGUGAACCGGGCAUCAUCACCUGGACGCCGGAUGCGGACACACCGGAUACGGUGUACUAUCAGUGCUACAGUCACCGUUACCUGGGCUGGCGCAUUAACGUGCUCGAUUCGUGCGACGUUGCGCAGCCGAGUGAGAUUGACGAGGUGUACGCCGAGCCGAGCGAGGGUAUCUCGGCGGAGGAAUCGAUCCGGCACGAGUCGAAGGUUCUGCCGGCCGAUAACUUCCUGCAGCAGCACGAGAACUUUCUGCAAAAGCACGAGAUGGAUUUGAUCAAGCACCACAAGAUGAACCCGGACACGAAACCGGACCAGUACGACAUUAAUCUGGAGGAGCACCCGGAAAUGACGCGCAUCAUCGAGAACGGUAUCCGGGCGGCGGAAGAGUUGGAGGAGAAGCUAAAGGCCAACCAGACGAUCGCCGGUAACCAGACGGUGGUGGUGGUCCAUGGACCUGGACCGUACCCGGGAUCGGUGAAACCGAUCCUGUCGUCUUCCGGACUGCCGGUCUAUCUGCGCCCCCCGAAUAGUGGCCCUAUGUUCCGACCCGUGAAGCUUCCCGUACGCCGACCGAUCGGCAUGGAGCGACGCCCGGUGCAGGGUGGUGGUCGCCCAACGCGUCCCUUUGUCAUUCCGCAGCCCUCGAUGAUCGUGAACCACUACCAGAAGCCGGUGGCUCCGUUGAUGCGUCCGUUUGUCACCAAGAAAAAAAUGCCGAUUAAGGCGAUUGCUCCGAUACUGCUGCUGGGUGAACCGUCCGAGAUAAAGGCUCCGUAUCGGAAGCCGACGGUAGAAAUGCUAGUCGGUAAGCCACCGAAACCGAUCGGCCAUGGCGGCGGGCUUCAGGGAUCUUCACCGGCAGGGCCCCCGUUCACCAUGCCCGACAUGCCGCCCCACCUGAUGACGGUGAACCUGAAGAAGAACGAACCGGUGCCGAUCACACUUCCGAUACGGCACACCGGUAAGCCGGUGAAGGACUCGCUGAAACCGAACAUCAAGCCGAUCUUCAAGAUUCCGUUCUCCGAUGUGCCCGAGCAGAAGGUAUCGUACGACGGCUUGGCCGCCAACCAUGGAUUUAUGCCGAGCUCGGUGGUGGUUGAGAGCGGCUUCAAGCCGAUCUACCGCCGGAAGGAUGACUAUGAUGCCGAGUUCGAGGACAAUCGGGCGCACGGAUUCCUGCGGCGUCAGGAUGAUGAUAUUGAUGAGGCGAUCGAAAGCGACGCCCUGAUGAUUCACGAUCAGGACGAACCGGUCAAGCAGACGUUCGAGCCGAUGUUCAUACCGUCGCCACUGGACAGUAUGGCAAUGGCGCACGUGAAGCCGGCCGGAACGGGAACCACCGGCAGUACACGGCGCAACGUGGAGAUCCUGCCAGACGAAACAGCCGACGUGGUGGAUGAUCGAGACACACUGGCGGCUGCCAAUGAGCGAGUGGACCCAUACUACCUGCCCCCAAUCGGAACCGAUGGAUCGGUGGUGUCCUUUGAUGGAAAGGCCGUGCUCGAUGUCUCGCUGCUGAACGGUCCUUCCGAAUCGUCCCACACCGAACCCUUGCCACCGUCUGGCGGUUCCAAGACGGAGCAACUGGUUCGUGAGGUUCCCCAGUUCGGACCAUUCCGAGGGGAGGUUCCACCGAUAGCGGACUACCUUGCGCCGGACACGGUCGCCAUCUACGGAACGCGUGGUGUGGCCGCUGUUCCGGCCCCGGUUUCCGAGUACGCGAAUCCACUGCUACCGGGUGGUAUCAGUCCGCUGGACGGGAUGGCGAGUAGUGGCGAACAGCAACAGCAAGCGGCCGAUAAGCCGAUCUCGACCAAGCUGUCCAUCGUGAAGCCGAGCAAUCGAGAUGACAGCUCGGAGGAGGGGCGCAACGCCCGUAGCAAACGAUCACCGCACCACCACCCGGACCAUCACGGAGACAGCCACGAUGACGGCUGGCAGCCUCCGAUGGUCCCAGCCAGUGGCGCCAGCUGCAGGGCGAUGCUCGCCGGUGCUCUGCUGGCCGUCGUUCCUGCGCUUCUGGUUCGGUGAACGCCACUGAACGGUUCCCGUCAUCGGGGCGGUAGGCAGUAUUAGCGGUACGAUUACUUUAGGCUUAUAAUUUUAUUUAAAACAACCCACACAGAU